AUGGCUCUAGACGAAGCGCUGCAGCAGCCGUUGAACUUCACCGGUCACCGGCACAUGAUUUCGCGCCUUCUCCUGGCAACACUCACUGGUCGACCUGUCCGUAUCUCGCAAAUUCGCUCUUCUUCAACCACACCCGGCUUAACACGCCAUGAAACCAACUUCAUUCGCCUGCUCGACUCGGUUACAAAUGGCUCGCAGAUCCAGUUCAGCAUGACGGGUACGACAUUGGUCUACAGACCCGGUCUGAUCACCGGAAGCGCCGAGGGACUAGGAGCCAGCGGAGGCGUAAUCAGGCAUGAGAUACCAGCAGAGUGCCGAAAGAGGGGUGUGAGCUGGUGGCUAGUUCCGCUAUGCGUUCUUGCGCCUUUCAGCAAGGGAAACAUGAACGUCAUCUUCUACGGUGAAGGCUGCGUUACAGCAUCCACAAUCGCUGGCGACAUCUCCGCAGACACAGUUCGCACAGCCAUCCUCCCACUGUACAAAAACUUUGCUAUCGAGCGGAAUAUCGAGUUGCGCAUCCUCAAGCGCUCUUCUGCACCUGCAGGAGGGAAAGGUGCGGGAGGCGAGGUACAGCUGGUGUUUAACCACCAGGUUCGUCUACCAAAGACGCUACAUCUGCUGAACCCAGGAAGGGUCAAGAAGAUCAGAGGUGUAGCGUACUGCGUCGAGGUACCGAAAAGCAACAACGAGCGCAUGACUUUCACUGCAAGAGGUAUUCUCAACAAGUUCGUCCCGGAUACAUACAUCUUCUCCGAUGCAAGCGCCGCUCCCUUAAUACCGACAACUGCCAAAGGUCACUCUAGUGGAAAAGUCAAAGGCGCAGUGGGUUUCGGAAUCAGCCUGGUUGCGGAGACCAGCACCGGAUGCAUAUACUCGGCCGACGUAUGCUCACCACCCGACGGCGGCGUGCCCGCAGAUGAGAUUGGCAAGCAGUGCGCAUACCAGCUUCUCGAAAAGAUAUCACAAGGAGGAUGUGUGGAGAAUGUGGCAGCGCCCACAGUUCUCAUGCUCAUGGCCAUGGGUAGCGAGGAUGUAGGCAGAGUGGCGCUGGGCAAGGAUAUACUAGGCAGCGAGGAAAUCAUACAACUCGCGCGGGAUUCCAAGGUCUUCGGAGGCAGCGCAUGGGGCUUCAGGGAGGCAGGUGGUGAGAAGGAAGAAAUCGUCGUUAGCGUUGUAGGAAGGGGAGUAGGCAAUGUGGGAAGGAAGGUUGCUUAG